UGAAUCAAAAAAACUUUUAGUAUUCAAGAGUUCUACAAUAUAUGAAUAUAGUCAUAUGGUGUAGAUGUCUUGUUUCUGAAGCUAACAUAAUAAGACAGGAUUGUGUAUGAACAUCAAUGAUAUAACAUCUUGCACAUCCAUAGUUCUUAUAGCCAAAGUUAACUAAUUUGAGAAAGACGUGGAGCUAGAGGGGUCUUUAAAUACACAUAUACUCCUCUAUCUUCUUUGAUUAACCAUCUGCCAGAAUAAUUAUUUUACAAAAAUUAUUUCAAAAUGCCACAUUCUUUCUCUCAUUUCUUCUUAAUCUCUCUUUUCCUUUACACCAAAUGUAUUGCGCAUCGCUACACUUUCACGGUUAAGGAAGUUCCAUAUAACAAAUUGUGUAGUACGAAGAAGAUUCUGACCGUUAACGGUCAGUUUCCUGGACCAGUUUUAAAGGUUUACAAAGGAGACACCAUUUACGUCAACGUUCGUAACCGAGCUAGUGAAAACAUCACAAUGCAUUGGCAUGGUGUAGAGCAGCCGAGAAACCCGUGGUCAGAUGGACCCGAAUACAUCACACAAUGUCCGAUUCGACCCGGAAGUGAUUUUAUGUAUGAAGUCAUCUUUUCCAUCGAAGACGCAACUGUUUGGUGGCAUGCGCAUAGCUCUUGGACACGAGCCACUGUACAUGGUCUUAUAUUCAUAUACCCUCGGCCCGGGACAUUCCUCCCUUUCCCAAAGCCGGACCACGAAAUUCCCUUAGUUCUUGGAGAGUGGUGGAAGGAAGAUGUGAGAGAGGUAGUAGAGCAGUUCAUAAGGACCGGAGCUGAUCCUAAUGUGUCCGAUGCUUUGACUAUCAAUGGACAUCCUGGUUUCUUGUAUCCUUGCUCUAAUUCAGAUACAUUCGAGCUCACGGUAGAGAAGGGCAAAACCUAUCGCAUUCGGAUGGUAAACGCCGCGAUGAACCUAAUCUUCUUCUUCUCAAUCGCAAAACACAGCCUCACCGUGGUUGCCGCCGAUGGACACUACACCAAACCUCUAAACGCUACUUACAUCACCAUAUCUCCAGGUCAAACGCUGGACGUCUUAUUACACGCGGACCAAAACCCAAAACGCACUUAUUACAUGGCAGCCAGAGCUUACCACAGCAGCCCCGUCAUCAGAUUCAACAACUCCACAACUAUCGGGAUCUUACGUUACAUCUCUUCAAGCAACGCCAAAACGUCAUCUUAUCCAAGCCUUCCUAAUUAUAAUGACACGUCAGCAGCGUUCGGAUUCUUUACGAACAUCAAAAGCUUAUACUCCGGACAAGUUCCAGUUAAAAUCUCACGUAGAAUAAUCUCAACGGUUUCACUAAAUCUUCUAGCGUGUCCUAACAACUCGUGCCAAGGUCCAAACGGGUUGAGAUUAGCGGCUAGUAUGAACAACAUAUCAUUCGUCACACCAAACCACGUAGACAUACUAAAAGCUUAUUACCUUCACAUUAAGGGCGUUUACGGAACGCGGUUUCCUGCGUUUCCGCCGCUGGUUUUCAAUUUUACCGCGGAGGAUCAACCGUUGAUUUUGCAGACUCCGAGACUUGCUACGGAAGUAAAGAUGAUUAAGUACGGAGAAGCGGUUGAAAUGGUUUUUCAAGGGACGAGUUUAGGUGGUGGUGGAAUCGACCACCCCAUGCAUUUGCAUGGUUUUAGCUUCUAUAUUGUUGGUUUUGGGUUUGGUAACUAUAACGUAACGAAAGAUCCGUCGUCGAACUAUAAUCUCAAAGAUCCUCCGUAUAGAAAUACGGCGACUGUGCCAAGAAACGGUUGGAUCGCUAUCAGAUUCAUAGCUAACAAUCCUGGGGUUUGGUUUAUGCAUUGUCACUUUGAUAGACAUCUCACGUGGGGUAUGAACGUUGUCUUCAUUGUCGAGAACGGCAGAGGAAUAAACCAGCAGAUGCUGCCUCCGCCGCCUGACUUACCGCCUUGUUACUAGUAAUUCAACUGUUACCAAUUUGAGUGUAAUGAAAGUCAUUGUAACUGAUGUAAUAAACUAAAUUUACCAAAGAUAUAAUCCU